AUGCCCAUCCCCAUCAUUGCCCAGGGUCUCCGGGAUGGCAUCUCGUCCAUCCCGCAUGCCUGGACAUUCCUCCGCAUAGCACCAUGGGUGCUAGCCCUGGCGGCACUGAAAUACUAUUUCGAAGGAGCCCGCAACGGCUCCGAGCGAAUGAUGCGAUCAAAAGUGAUAAUGGUGACGGGCGGCACCUCCGGGAUUGGCGCAGAAGUAGUCCGCGAGCUCGCAACUCGCGGCGCCCAAGUAAUCCUCCUAACCCGCCAACCACCCUCUGACCUCUACCUCUCCGAAUACAUCGACGACCUCCGCACCAGCACCAAAAACCCUCUAAUCUACGCUGAACAAGCCGACCUCUCCUCGCUACACUCAAUCCGCACCUUCGCAACAAAAUGGAUCGACAACAUCCCACCCCGCCGAUUAGACUGCAUAAUCCUCGCCGGCGGCACAGCAGAGCCCUCCGCACCCCGCGCCCUAACAACGGACGGCAUCGACCCAGAAUGGCAAACAAACUACCUCGCAAACUUCCACCUCCUCAGCAUCCUCAGCCCGGCACUACGCGCCCAGCCCGCACACCGCGACGUGCGCGUGAUCUUCGCAACGUGCUCUAGCUACAUCGGCGCUGAUUUCAGCAGUCUGGACUCUGUGGCGCGGGGGAAGCAGAAGGUAGUCACGAAGCGGACGAAGAGUUCACCGGCACUGUACGCUCAGCCCAAGGGCGUGUACGCGCUCAGCAAGCUUGCGUUGACUAUCUUCGCGCACUCGUUCCAGCGGCAUUUGAAUGCUUACGAGAGGCCAGAUAGUCUGCCGCCUUGUACGCGGGUUAUCGUUGUUGAUCCCGGGUUGACGCGGACUCCGGGGAUGCGGCGGUGGUUGACUGGUGGGUCUUUGUGGGGUCUUGCGUUGUACUUGCUCACUUGGCCUAUUUGGUGGCUGCUGUUUAAGUCGCCUGUGCAGGGUGCGCAGAGUAUUCUGUAUGCGGCAAUGGAGCAGGAGUAUGGACGGGGUGGGGGUGGGUGGUUGAUUAAGGAGUGUCGGGAGAUGGAUUACGCGCGGGCGGAUGUGCGGAACGAUGAGGUUGGGAAGAAGCUUUGGGAGUUUAGUGGGAAGAUGGUUGAGGAGGCGGAGAAGGAGAGUGCUGUUAUGAGGGCUUUGGAGAAGAAGGAGGUUGAGGUUGAGAAGCAGAGGGUUGAGGCUGAGAAGGUGAAGAAGGAGGCGGCUGAGAAGAAGGGGAAGAAGGCUGAGGGGUCGAGGAGGAGUCGGAAGGGUCAGAAAUAA